AUGCGCCCACCUGAAGGGACGCUAGAUUUCUCACCAACUCCUCUUUUUGUCGUUUUCAGUCGCUGGCUGACACAGCUCUCCAGCCUCGCUUUGAUCCGCCUCCAUCGUGCCGCCAGGAUCGCUCAGUUGCUGGGCGAUCUUAGGCUGCUGCACAACAUCGCCACGUCCGUCUGGAGCCUCGCCGCGCCCACCGUCUCCUCCGGGGACCAUCGGAGACUGGCGCCCACAUUUCAGGUGAGCCUUCAUUGUUCCACCAAAUCACUGUUGCCACAGUUACGUCGACAAUGUGGCAUUUGGCGGUUGGAGAAAGAAUGA